AUGGCGGGAGCUGUCCGCCAGCCUAUAGAUGUUGCGUCUCUGGAGCGCUAUAUCGACCAGAAUGUGCCAGUAUUGAAGACUCCUCUGGACAUAAAGCAGUUCGGCUUUGGGCAAUCCAACCCUACCUAUCAGCUUACGAGCGCCGACGGCAGGAAAUAUGUCCUGCGCAAGAAGCCUCCUGGCAAGCUGCUCUCAAAGACAGCGCAUCGAGUCGACCGUGAAUACCAGAUCAUCAAAGCUUUGGGUCCAACCGAUGUGCCUAUCCCCGAGGUCUUUUGUCUGUGUGAGGACAACAACGUCAUUGGGACCCCAUUCUACAUCAUGGAGUUCCUGGAUGGCCGACAUUUUACAGACCCAUCAAUGCCAGGCGUAAGCGCGGAGGAGAGGACUGCUCUGUGGAAGAGUGCAGUAGAAACGUUAGCCAAGUUCCACCGAGUCAUCCCCAAAAACAUAGGGCUUGAGAAGUUCGGCAAACCGACAGGAUUCUACGAUCGACAGGUCGCAACAUUCACCACGAUCUCCAAAGCGCAGGCGCAGGCCAAAGAUGUAGAAACACAGGAGCCGGUUGGGGAAUUGCCGCACUUUGAUGACAUGGUACGAUUCUUCUCGCAGAAGGCGACCCAGCCACGCGAUCGGGGCACGCUCGUGCACGGCGAUUACAAGAUCGACAACGUGAUCUUUCACCGCACGGAGCCCCGGGUGAUUGGGAUUCUAGAUUGGGAGAUGGCGACGGUGGGACACCCGCUCUCGGAUCUUUGUAACCUGAUCAGUCCUUGGGUGCUGGAAGGGGCCGAUUCACCGAUCGAAUCAUUCCAGCCCGGGGCCGUGCCGGGGCUGCCGGCGCGCGAGGACUGCAUCCGUUGGUACAGCGAGGUGUCCGGAUACAAUCCCACAGAUGACAUCGUCUGGGGCGAUGCGUUCUUCGCAUUCCGGGCGGCCAUCAUCAUGCAGGGCAUCGCGGCCCGGUACGCACAGCGCCAGGCCAGUAGCACUAACGCAGGCGAGUAUGCGAAACGGGCCAAACCUUUCGCCCUGAAAGCCUGGGAGCGGGUGCAGCGGGUGCAAGGGCUGACACAAAAGGGCAAGUUAUAA